AGGUGUAAGUUCGUUUGUUUAAGAAGUAGAUUAAGACUCCUGAAGAGAGUAACCGUAGAAAGUUCUAGAAGAUUUAUUACAGCGCUACUUACCCGUGGUUGUUUUAUAGAAGUUCAAGAAAUCCUCGACGCACCUGCCUACGAUUUGUUGCAAAAAGUUUGAAUUGUUAUUCGAAAGCAUAAUUGUCAGAAUUUCCUUGAACCACCAAAAAGUCAAAGUGAAAAAUGUCGGUUUUUGUCGGGAUUCAGGUUGCGGCCAACACGGGCGUCAAACAGUGGAGCAUCGGGGAGGAGGAGCUUUCCGGUAUAUUGUCGUUGUAUGCUCAUCCUGUCCGUCAUUUGAAAGAGUUAGAGUUACUAGUUCACCAAGUUGAUUAUUUUCUAUAGAUAUGAAAUUUAGAAAAAAUAGUAAAUAGCAAUUUUACCAAGGCUAUUAAGGCAACUACUGUGGGACGACGUGAGAACGACUGGAUGACGGUUCACAUUUCCAUUUAAAUACUUUCCACAGGCGAAGCCUGCUUCACCAACGCGGCUUUGGUCGGUGGUGAGACCGCUCGCGUGUAUGUGGCCUCUCUGAAAAACCCGAAGAACAAGUUUUUUCUCUGCGAGCUUGGGAUCGACGGGCAGCUGAGCCAGCGAACGGAAAUCAUGAUCAACAGCCGAACGCACGGGUUUUUGGUGCAAGCCACAAACAGCGCCACUACCGUGGAUCUGAUCGGCCACGCGAACGCGGGAGCCGCUGACUCCGAAGUGGAAUCCGGCUCAGAGGACGACAUGGAGGGCUUGGCAGCUUUGGCUGGUUUGCCGGAGGUACAGCAACAAUAGCGUGAAAGUAGAUGCUUGUGAAAAAUGCUUUUUUGAUGUUGAGAAUAAAAAUUAUUGCCGCUACAGCGCAUGAUCUAGGUCAAGCGAUAGGACUAAGUACCAGAACCUGUACAACCUGUAGCUGUACAGCCACAGCGGAGUAUUGUUCUUUCACCAAAAUAUUAAAGAAAAACCAUACUUCAAAUAUACUACAGGCCAAAAAGCGCAAAUUGGAAGAUGAGAACAAGAACCCGUCCAGCCCCACCCCGACUGAGAAGACCGCAGUCCCGGCUUCCGAAAAGAAGCAGACCAACCUCAACAUGAGCAAAAAGGCGGAAGAAGCGGAGGAUGCCGACGAGUCUGAGUCCGAGGAAGAAGAAGAGUCGUCCGAGGAUGACGCUCCGAUCGAGCAAGUGACAAAAAAGCUGGACCAGGCCGAAGCUGCACCAGCAGCUUCCACUGCUUCCACCACGUCCACCGCCAAAAAGCCCAUGGAGGUCGACGAAGAGGAGGAAGAAUCGUCCGAAGAAGAGGAAGAGUCGUCCGACGAGGAACUCGCGGCUCCGGUCGACAAGCCGAAGUCCGUCGUCGCGGCUGCUGCUGCUGAGCAGAAGAACAAAUCCGAGGUCGAACAGAAGAAGCCCGCUGCUGCGGCUGAGGAGGAGGAAUCGUCCGAAGAGGAAGAAGAGGAAGAAUCCGAUGAGGAUGUGGAGAUGGAGGUAUAAUAUGAGGGGUUAACAUCGUUAAGUAAUUAUCGUAAUCGUUCUUGAUCAUAUGCAUACUCCAAUUCGCUUUUGAAUGCGAACGCAUAGUUUUUGCCUCAUGACGAGCGACUUGGACUCGCAAGCAAAUUGACUUUGUCUGUAUAUCCCACCAGGCCGCCGAACCGACCAAGCCCUUGGCUGCCAAGCCGGCCGAAUCCGCUGCUCCGGCUGCUGCUGCGGUCGAGGAGGCAUCCUCCGAAGAAGAAGAAGAGGAGGAAGAAUCUUCCGAAGAAGAAGAAGUAGAAGCGGCUGCGGCUGCUGCGCCCGCAACAAAGACUUCCGAACCCGCGAAGCCAGUCGCCAAGACCACGGACGGUGAGUCCGACGCCGAGACUUCGGAUGAGGAGGAGGAAGAGGAGUCUGACGUGGAAGGUGAAGAUUCCGUUGCGAAGCCCACUGCUGAGGACGACGAGACUGCUGCUGCUGCUGCAUCAAGCUCUGGCGAAGAGGAGGAAGAGUCCGACGACGAGGAGAUGGAGGGCAGUGCAAGUGCUGCCGGCGGCAAAAAGACCACCGAAAAGGGCGGUAAGAAGAAAGGCGACGGUAAGAAGGGCGGCAAGGACGGAAAGGGGAAGAAGGGAGACGGCAAAAAGGGCGAUGGCAAGAAGGGCGGAAAGGGAAAGAAGGGUGACGGCAAGAAGGGCGACGGAAAGAAAGGCGGCAAGGGCAAGGGAAAGGACGGUAAGAAGGGAAAAGGGAAAGGAAAAGGAAAAGGAAAGAAGUAAAUAGAGAGGGCAUGGGAUUUUUUGCCGCGCAAAGAUACCAUAUUCAAUCACAAUGAUGAUGAAGAUUGGUCUUAUUUGUUGCUGCGAACGAUUAAAGCAAAGGCACCUCUGCUUAUUACCAUGAGGCUGUGACCAUCAAUUACAGCACGACCAAGAUUAGCACCUGCAUCUCUCUCGAAGAAAAUCUACGGACGAAAACAUUUAAGCGCGACGACCUCAACCAAAAAAAUGAUCAUGCAACUUCGACUCACGACCAAAACACUUGAACUUCAUACUCAUCAUAACGCAGCAAUGAAAAUUUUUCCGACCACAACGCACAACGGGCGAAACAAACGAAGAAUGACUCCGCGGCUCUUUUGCUCAACUUCAUGUUCGUCUCAGAGAGUUCAACACUGACUUGCUACUGCCGUCGAGAGAUUUAUGAUUAAGUAGAUUAUUUGCGUUGGUUGAUGGUUUUUUCUGCGUCAUGUGAGG